GCAUGAUGUUCGCAAUACUGAUUCUCCUCCGAACAUUCACUCUGAUCCAAAGUCAGACUCCAGAGAGGAUCUCCGUGGUCGUGGCUGAAGUUGGGGAGACUGUCACGCUGACUUGUCCUGUCUCUAUGUUGGAACCUUUGUUGUACUGGCACAAGUUCCACUUUGGAUUUAUGCCUCAAACUGUUGUGAGUGGAUCACAUAGGAAUAUCAAAGUCACAGAGGAGUUUUCAGGCUCAAGACUCAACUAUACAAAAGUGGAGGAUCAGCAUCAUCUUCAGAUCACAAACGUCACUCAGGAGGAUGAAGCUACGUAUUUGUGUGAAAGUGUGACACCGUAUUCAUUCAGAUUCGUCAACGUGACUCAUCUAAAGAUCACUGACAAACAGAAGAAGCACAAGUGUUUCCACGUGAAACAAACACCUCAGUCCGUCCAGCCCGGGGACUCGACUCCCCUCCAGUGCUCCCUCUUCCCCGGCAGCAGCGCCACUGACCCGUGUCCAGACGGAGUGUACUGGUUUAGAACCGGAGCCAGAGAUUCCCUCCCAGACGUGAUUUACUCACCCAGGAACAGGAGCGACGAGCAAAGUUGCCACUAUAGUCUCCUGCGAGCCGGCGGCUCUUUGGAUUCUGGAGUGUACUACUGCGCCGCGCUCACAUGUGGCCGAGUGCUGUUCGGACCGGGAACAACUGUGGAGAGUGAACAAGAAGUGAAGAUCAUCAUCAUCGUGCUGACAGCACUCGUAGCAGUUUGUUUGGUCGUAAUUGUAGCGCUGCUGAUAGCCAGGAAUAAAGUCGGCAAAGAGGGAAGAGCUGUUUCCUGUGCGGCUCCUUCUCAGGCCACUGACCGUGGACUCCACCCGGAUGGUGACGUGGAAGGAGUCAGCUACGCUGCGCUGAACUUUCCCAUGAGGAAAUCCAAAAGACUGAAAUACAAAAGUGAGGAAUGCAUCUACUCCCAAACGUCCGCUGCGUACAUCCACUGAAGAGGCGCCUGAAGCCGGAGUCCAAACCUCAUCUAUUUAUUCAUGUGUCUGUGAUGUUAUUUAAACCCGUAUUAUACUUCCUGAGCGAUGCUUCUUCACAGUUGAGUAAACACACUGGUCCUCCCGUUGGUUGGUCCCUUGUCUUCCGUUGCUGUCAGCUCUGCGUUGAAACCUCAAGUUGGUCGCAUAAAUCAAAGAGUGUGACUGAAGGAAGACAAAUCAGAAGAAGUCAUUUCAACUGAACAGCAUAAGAACCUCAGACUGAACGUACCGACGGGUCCUGUUCAACGCUGCUCGCGCCGUCUUGAAGCUCAGUCAUGUCUGUUCAAGAGAAACAAAGAAACUCGACUGAAAUAACUCAUUGCAAAAGCGAGGCGUUUCUGACAGGAUGUGUCUCACCCCUGCUCUGCAGCUGACUCUUCAGCUUCUUGAUGGAGUGAAGAAGAACCGCGAUGCACGCCAGGCUCACGGUCAAAGCUACGCUCAUGACAAUAUGAACUUUGUCGUAUUUUGUGGAG